AAUUUUGGGAAGAAUUUGGGAAAAGAUUUGUCUUCAAGUGAUAAGAGAGACACACGAAGAGAGUUGUUUGAAGAGAAGACACGCAUAGAAGAGGAGUCUCUGGAGAGCUCGAAAGAGACGUUGGGUUUGAUUCUUGAAAGCGAAAGAAUUGGUGUUAAAACCGGACGAGAGUUAGUCCGACAGAGAGAGACAUUGAAUAGAGUGGAAGACAAGUUGGAGUCAAUUGACGGCAGUUUACAUGAGACACAAAAACAUAUCAAAUCCAUGAAAAAAGAUAAUUUAAAUCAAAUCGAUUUGGGAAUCGAAAGACUAAAGCAAUUAUCGUUAGGAUUAGGCAAUGAGAUCGAUGAACAAAACACUCUGAUUGACAGAAUCACUAAACAAACUGAAAAAACUGAACUCAGAAUUAAACACCAAAAUCACCAAGUCAAUCACUUAUUGAGGAAA